AUGACUAUACCCCCAACAGACCAAAAUGUCCACCCUCCACGCCUCAGUAACAAACCGCACAACCUCCAUCGAAAAAAAAAAAAGAAAAUAACAAACUAUCACCUCACCAACCCGGUAACCCUCCAUGAAGCCCUCCGCACCCCCAGCUCAAUCCCAAUCGCCUACCCCUACCACAUCGAUGGCCAAAAGGACCUCUCCCAAAUCGGCGAUGCAGCAAUUCGUCUCGUCCUCGUCACAGACGGCUACGAUGCCCAAGCCACAAGAGGCCAAAUCACCGAAAUCCACAUCACAACAGCCAACAACAGGUAUCUAGCCAGAACGGGGUUCCGGAAGGGGCUCGAUGGGUUCCUGUACGGGUCAUUCCCGGGCGACAUUGUCCCGGAUAGGGUUAUGGCGACAACGGUGGAGGCGAUACUGGGGGCUGUUUAUGUGGAUAGUGGGGAGAGUAUGGGGGCUGGAAGGAGGGUUGGGGUGGCGUGGUUGAUUUUAUAA